AUGAAGCUAUGCAUAGUUAUCUUCCCCAUUCUCUUUUCCCUACUUGUUACCUUAAACAUUUCGUGGGCUAAUGCUGACCCUAGUAAUACAGGGGCGACUAUGACAAUUAACAGCUUUGAGAAGGGUGGGAGUGGCGGAGGGCCAUCUGAAUGUGAUGGCAAGUACCACUCAGAUAGCACACCAAUUGUUGCACUAUCCACUCCAUGGUACAAUCAUGGAAAAAGGUGCUUUAAAUCUAUCAAUAUAUAUUACAAAGAUAGAAGUGUACAAGCUACAGUGGUGGACGAGUGUGACACCUCUAGGGGUUGUGCUAAUGAUAUAGUCGACGCAUCUGUAGCAGUUUGGAAUGCUCUUGCAGUGUCUAAAAGUGAAUGGGGUGAAACCAAAGUUACAUGGUCUGAUGCGUGA